AUGCUUGAGACCCAUAUUUCCCAAGUAGCCAAAACCACCUCUACACAAGUUGUACCUGAAGGACAAUUCCCUGGACAAACUCAACCCAACCCCAAAGGCCAAGAAAAUUCUAUCAACUUGAGAAGUGGAACCGCUUAUGAAGGACCUAGAAAUCCUAACCUAAGCACAUCAGAAAAACCUAAGGAAGAUGGUGAACCAAAGGACCAGGUAGAGGAACCAAAGGGACCAGAGAAACCCGAAAAGCAAUCAAAACCAGAGGUAGAGAAUCGCACACCACAACCUUACAAGCCACCUAUUCCAUUCCCACAAAGGUUGAAAAACACCAAAACAGAGAACCAAUUCCAAAAGUUCAUUAAGGUAAUAGAGAAAAUCCACGUAGAGAUCCCUUUUACCGAGGCAAUAACCCAGAUACCAUCAUAUGCCAAGUUCUUGAAGGAUAUUUUGUCUAACAAACGGAGACUCGACGAUCCCAAACCUUUAGAAUGUCAUUCCAUAUCCGAGAAUAAACUUUCCAAGAAAGACAAAGAUCCUGGAAGUUUUUCUAUCCCUUGCGUCCUAGGAAAUCAUAUGAUAGACAAAGCAAUUUUAGACCUAGGAGCAAGCGUUGACGUUUGCUAUGAACGCAUUUGUAGCCAAACCGUAGCAAAAGUUACAGGUUUUACAGGUCUUCUUUGGAGAAUACGAUGA